AUGAAUAUCUCCGCUCAAGGCAGCCAUCUUGGAUUGGUAGAGUACAGUUCUAGUGCAAGUCGAGUCUUAAGUUUCCGCUUUACGCAAAAAGCCGCGGACAUCAACCGAGAAAUAGACGCCAUUAAAUUCACUGGCGGAGAAACGCGCACAGACUUGUUCACGAACAGCGCAGGGGGCAGGGAAAACGUCCCUGAUGUACUGAUUGUCAUGACAAACGGUCGGACUAGCCAGGGUAGUUUGCCAUAUAAAGACGUCAUGAAGCCUCUUAAGAAAAAGAAAGUCAACGUUCUUGCUGUUGGCAUUGGGCCUGACGUCAACGAAGCAGAGCUGCUGGAGAUUGCCGAGGAAAGAGAUCACGUGAUUCGCGUGCAUGACUACGAGGCUCUCUCCACCAAACCCAACUCGAUCCUCGCGCUCUCUUGUCCGACUAGGCAAGUAGGUGCGUAA